GCAUGUCAGUGAUGACAUACGUGGCAGAACUGCAGGCUCUGUGGGCUGACCAGGAUAACUGUGAUCCCCUGGAACUCUAUGACGCGGCUUCAAUCGAGUCAGGGCAUAAGUGGAUGGCACACAGGCGUGUGCUGAAAUUUUUGGCUGGCCUCAAAGGUUGCUUUGAUGGCAGGAAGGCUUCCUUGUUGCACCAACCUAGUCUGCCUACCAUUCCCGAGGCUAUUGCAGCGAUGACUCAAGAGGAGGUGCGCCUAUCCCUUGAGCAUGCAGACGUGAAGGUUGUGCCAGCUUCGACAUUUGCAGUCACUGAGCGCAUGGGGUGGGGAGAUCCCACCAAAUGUCAUAUCUGUGGGGAGGUAGGUCACUGGAAGAGAGAAUGUCCAACUCGUGGCAGAGGCAGGGGAUAUAACAAAGGGGGAACAGGCAGAGGUAGAAGUGCUAGAGGCAGAGGUGGAUACUCAGAGACCUCAUGGGGCCAGGCUUCUAGAGGCAGAGGUGGCUACUCAGGACACUCAGGGGGUCAGAGGGCUCACAUGGCCGUUGCAGGAGACACUGGGACGUCCAAAGGCAAAGAUGUAGAUGAUGUUGUCUAUGGAGACUUUGCUCACUGGGCCUCCACUGAUGAAGGUGCGACAGACGAGCCAGACGGUUGGGACUGGCACCAGGCGUAGGGGGCUCUGGUACAUGGACCAGGAGGUGCAGCCGGACUUGGUGUGUGCUGCGACCAUGGAGGAUAAGGAGAAGCAGGCGAUGAUCCAUCACUGUAGGAUGGGGCAUGUAUCUUUUGAUAAGAUGAGUAGAAUAUUUCCGGAUGUUAUGUGUGGAAUAGGCAAAGGCAAGCUGACAUGUGAUGCUUGUGAAUAUGCAAAACACACACGGGCCUCAUAUGUGAGUAAGGGGCUCAGGAGCAUAUCUCCUUUUAUGCUUAUUCAUUCGGAUGUAUGGACUAGCCCAGUGGUGUCAAUGAAUGGGAAGAAGUAUUUUGCUACCUUUAUUGACUGCUAUUCUCGCAUGACUUGGAUUUACUUGAUGCGUCACAAGGAUGAGGUGUUUAGCUGUUUUCAGAACUUCCAUGCUCUUGUAAAGAACCAGUUUUAGGUACAUGUCAAGGUGCUCAGGACGGACAAUGGAACGGAGUAUGUGAACAACAUUUUUGGGGCUUUCAUGGCUGACCAUGGGAUUCUUCAUCAAACUUCAUGUCCGGACACCCCCCCUCAGAAUGGAGUGGCCGAACGAAAGAAUCGUCAUGUUCUUGAGGUUGCUCGGUCGUUGAUGUUUACCAUGAAUGUGCCUAAGUUCUUGUGGGAUGAUGCAGUUAUGACAGCCACAUACUUGAUCAACCGGACACCUUCCAGGAUACUUGGCAUGCAAUCUCCGUCUGAGUUGCUCGUUGGAGAUAAUAAGUUUGUUGUUCCGCCAAAGUUGUUUGGCAGUACCUGCUUUGUUCGUGAUCACCGACCAUCUGUUGGCAAGCUUGAUCCUCAGGCAGUGAAGUGUGUCUUUUUGGGAUACUCGUCUAGUCAGCAGGGGUAUAAAUGUUGGUGUCCCUCUGAAAAACGCAGGUUUGUAAGUAUGGACGUUACGUUCAGGGAGUCUGAGCCAUUCUAUGGUGAGCCGACUGAUCUCAGUCUGCUGUUUGCAGAGCUUGACCACCUACACCCUGUGCAUGAUGGUCAAGAGGGGGAGAAGGAUGUGUCUCAUACUCACGGGGAUUCUGUGGACAUUAACGCUGAUAAUGAUGUGUAGGCUCAAGUUCAACCAAUAGUGGGUACAAUUCCGUUUAGUACCAUCACUGAUGAUGAUGUGCAGGCUCAUGUCGAGCCAACUGUCGAUACACUUAAGAUUGGUGCUCUCCAGGUUCCUGUUCGGGAUCGAUGGCAGACGAAUACCCUGGUGUACUCUC